AUGGCUGGUACCAAAGGCCAUUCGAGUGGCCAGAAGCCAAAAGGCUCGUCAUGGAGACGUACUGCUGAUUAUGCCUAUGCUUUCUUCUUCAUACUCCAUAUUGUGAUUAUGUUUAUGGUUGAUCUAGUUCCGCUAUACCCUGAAGCCUUGAAGCCAGCCUUCCUCGACGACAUCCGCAGCUUUUAUAUCAACACCUACCAGGACAAGUUCUUUAUCGACCCUCCAGCUUGGUUUGGAAGCUACAUUGUUAUGGAGCUUGUUUAUCAUGUGCCAGCGAGUAUAAUCAACGCCUCUAAGCUUUUGAACGGUAAAUAUUCCAUUCUCAUCUUCAGACAGUAG